AUGUUAUGUCGUCGUCAGGGCAAAAGUUACUCUGGUUCACUGAAUAUCCGUAUAAUUGUUCGUAAAAAUGGAGUUUCUCAAGGGAUUAUUGAAGCUACCUGCUCCGAUAUUCCAAUUAUGGUUCUUUCUAGAGCCUGCAACCUCUCAAAAAUUCCUAGAUCAACAUUUCCUGCUCAUAAUGAGGAAGAACAAGAAAUAGGUGGCUAUUUUAUAGCACAUGGAAAGGAGAGAGUAAUACGGUUAAUAAUAGUAAUAAGAAGAAACUAUGUAAGCUGCUAUGUCGUGUUAUUUCAGCCAAUUGCUUUAUCUAGAAAAAGCUUUAAGAAAAGAGGGGAUGGCUAUACCGAACAUGGUAUAUUAAUGCGGUGCGUUAGAGACGAUGAAGUCUCUUCGGUAAGAACAUAG